AUGAGUGACUUUAAUGAUCGGGGACAGCUGGUCAAGCGCAAGUACAAGGACUGGGCAGGACCAGGCCUGGGACACUGUGACAAUGAUAAGAUGUCCAAGGCUGUUGAACCAUCCCAGCAGCCAUCGAAGGCCAAGGCACCGCCACUUCCCACGGAAGCGCUGUCGAAAGAUGAGAAGGUUACUUCCACUGGCCUGGCUGCUGAGACACAAGCCGCGCGACUGGUGGCCCUCUUCCGGCGCCUCUGGGAAUUAUAUAUCACGCAGAAUGCCAAGAGCUCGCGCCUUGAGAAGGAAAUCAGUCAGAUGCAGAUCACCCACACCUGCCUCGUUAAUGAAAACACCCAGUUAAACUGUCACUGCCGGGACGAGGAGGCCUGCUUGUGCCAUUUUCGAGCAGUAAUCCAAAAACUACAGAAAGAUAUAAUUAACGUGGUUAAAAAGUGGGAGAAUUUCCAGAUGACGGAGGCUCCGGCAGCGGGCGGUGCGGAGAAACCGACGCAGGAGAAGGAGGAUGUGGCAGUUAUUAUGUCUGCGGUGCCUGCCCAAGAGGACUAA